AUGUACAACAAGGCGAUUUUUCUGUCUCUGGUUUCCACCGCCCUGGCCCUUCAUGGCUCCUCUCAUUCCCAUCUAGAAAAGCGCUUUACUUUUCCAAUUCCCUCAUCCAAAGGAAGUGUGACCCUGGAUGAACCCAAGGUCAUCAGUGGAAAUAUGACAUUCGAUGGCGGUAUGAAGACAUACGGCCGCGGGGUUGAGUGUACUGAGGGAGAGGGUGGUGACAAAGACGCUGUCUUCUGGAUCCAGAAUGGAGGAACUCUGAAGAAUGUCAUCAUCGGCUCCGAUCAACUGGAAGGAGUGCACUGUAUGGGCGCCUGCACGAUCGAGAAUGUUUGGUGGGAGGCCGUGUGCGAAGACGCAUUGUCCUUGAAGACAGGGUCCGGCCCUUUCAAUGUCAUCGGAGGUGGUGCGCAGGGCGCCGAGGACAAGGUCAUUCAACACAAUGGCCCUGGCACCGUGAACAUCCAGGGGUUCACCGCAUACAACUUUGGAAAACUCUAUCGCUCCUGUGGAAACUGCGACGAAAUGUAUGAGCGUCAUGUAACCAUUUCCGGGGUUACUGCUGUCAAAGGCAGUGUUCUAGCUGGCAUCAACAGCAACUAUGGCGAUACCGCGACUAUCCGAAGCAAUGUGUGCGCAACCGAAGUCGACACAAUUUGCCAGGAGUACGAGGGUAAUGACUCUGGUGAAGAGCCCCCUGAGAGCUCCUCUGGCCCUAGCUCUGCAUGUAAAUACACGGAGUCUCUUCCUGCUUGCUAG